UUAAGGACACCGGUUUUAUAGAGUUGUCAAAUGGCCCCAGGAAUGGCCAGUCAAAACAUCAAAAUUCACUCGCAAUUGGCCAAGGGCAAUGCAAAAACCAACAACAAGAGGCAAGUGCCACUAGGCCAACCGGGAAACAGGAUGGGGGGCAUUGUUUUGAAAGCGAAAGGCCAUAAUGCUUGCACGCCACAAUCCCGAGCCGCAGUCAAAGCCAAAGUUGAGUUUCAUUUUUGGGGUCGCGCGUCGCCUCAUCGAGCCAAACAUGCAAACACGCACGGGCCAAAGCCCAAGGAAGGCAAGCUACAAUAAUUCAUUGAUGCAUCGAGCGCCUGGCACGACACGCUUUCUCUUUUCGCCUCCGACUGGUUGGGGUCGCUCCGGAGCUGAGCUGAACAGGUUGGGUCGCUGGCGGGCACGACCCGGCAACGUAAACGUCAGGACUAACCUUUGCCCGAUGUCCUUCAAAGGCGCCGUCGCUGUGAAAGCAACAGCUGUGCGCUCUCUCUCGGCCAGCGAGCUUCGUACUGCGGAGCUUUCUUCGACAUCUCACUUCCAGUUUCGAACUUGGCCAAAGCCCUCUUAUCAGAGCUUUCGAAAUAGGCGGAUUGAAAGGCGGCUCAAGCGAGGGCCAUACAAAAGUUAACCAGUUACU